AUUUCGAAGCAAGGAGCUCACUUCCACCUGGUUAGCCAGAUAACCAACACCCAAGCAGGAUGGAUAGUCAACUAUUACAGCUGCGGGUGUCGCACGGAUGCGUGUCGAAGAUACUUAACCGGUACCAGGAGACCGGAAGUAUACGUCCCGGAGUGAUCGGGGGCAGCAAACCGAGAGUUGCGACCCCGGAGGUCGAGGCUCGGAUCGAGGAGUACAAACGCGACAACCCCGGUAUAUUCUCAUGGGAGAUAAGAGACCGUCUGAUAAAGGAGGGGAUAUGCGACAGGACAAGUGCCCCGAGUGUUUCGGCGAUUUCCCGGCUCCUGAGGGGUCGGGACCCGGAGGACGAGGCGAAGCUGGGAGAUGGAAAGACGAGUUCCGGUUCGGACUGCGAGAGUGAGCCAGGUAUUCCGCUGAAGCGAAAGCAGCGUCGUUGUCGGACGACCUUCACGGCCCACCAGCUCGACGAGCUGGAAAGAGCCUUCGAGAGGACGCAGUACCCGGACAUUUACACGCGAGAGGAACUCGCCCAGAGGACGAAGCUGACGGAGGCCAGGAUCCAGGUCUGGUUCAGCAACCGCCGGGCCCGACUCCGGAAGCAGCUCUCCUCCACCACGGCCGCCGGCUACGUCGGCUCCGUCGGCUCCGUCGCCUAUCCCGCCGCCUCCUACGUUCUCCACCCCCCAGCAGCCCCCCACGCACAUCCAGGGUCCGGCGUGUCCGCGGGGCACCCGCAUCCCCAUCCUCACGGACACUCGCACCCUCAGACGAUACCGGAAACAGCCUUCUCCUCGAGCCAAGUUACUCACAGUUCCAGAGCUCUACUCGUCUCACCAUACGACGAUGUCUCACCAGCUCGGAACGGAGUCGACGCGUUUGUCGUCGGGUUCGACUCCAACUUACUCGUUGCCGACGUCGGUGACAUAUCCGUCGCCGUUGCUGCCACCGACGUCGUCCUCCGCGGGUCAUAUGAGCCAUCAGAUAUCGUCGGCGGGGCCAGCGCCUUCCACCUACCAGCAGACGACGACCCACCAAUUGCCACCGACCCCGAAUUCCAUGGUGACGAUGAUGGGGCCCAACUCUGGAAACUCGAACCCCGCUUCGGAUCAGCUGACAAGCUCCGAGCUUCCGAUUGCUUCCGUCUCGCCCGUGAGUCACCAGCAGCAGCAGCAGCAGCAGCAACAACAGCAGCAGCAACAAACAGAGGGAAGCUCGCCCUCCUGGAGCAUCCCGAUUCCCGGAUCUGGACGCGUCGGGCUUUCCAGCCCACCCUCGAGCCUCCAGCAGGCCCAUUCGCACCACCCUUCUCACGGGCAUCAGGCCUUCGCCACUCAUUACGCAACCCAGGGCUUCCAACAACCGCCCCGGCCAAAUCCACACCAGCCGUUCUACAGCUGACGGUGGAGAAACCGAGACUGUCGGAAAAUCGAAAGAACGCGAUUAUCUUGUUGGAUGAACCUCGAUUUUUCAAAUGCUAAAGACAUUGAGUGAAUACGAAGUCUCGUUACGGCCAGUGCAAGAGCGUGUACGCAAUAGUAAUAUACAAUUUAAAACAUUAUUAUGUCGCGCAUACGGGAUAUAAUUUAUAACCGUGUCCGCGUAUGUUGAACUUUUUUUUCUUUUCCUGUUUUUUUUUUUUUUGUGUGUCAUUUAGUUUUAAAAAAUAGCCUUCUGUACAUUAUUUUUUAUCUGAUAAUUUGAAACAUCAGAAAUAGAGACGAGUAAUUUUUGCAUUUCUAAAGUCAACUCCUGCAAUACUCUCUGUAGAUCUUUUCGACGAGACGGAAUAAAAAUUGCACGUAGAAUAAUAUUGCCUUAGAAAUUUUCGAAACAUUUUUGUGGCCUUAUUUAAUAGAACCUAGUUUAAAAUGUACAAGUAGAAAGAAAUAUCAACUCUACUGUAUCUUUCGGGGACAUCUCCAGUGAUUAUGAUUAGUUUAUACUUAUAAAUGAGAAGAAGUAAUUUUUUUUUCAUUUUACAAUUGUAAAUACAUGUAUAUAAAAACAUGUUACAGAGAGAAAGACAAAAAUAUGUAGUUCAGCAGCACGGAUUGACGGCAAUUAUUAGACCAGCUAAAUGUUUUUCAAUUAACUAUACUUGAGCAAUGCUGCCAAUAACGGUAAUGAUAGUUUCAGCAUGAUACUAAUCACAGUUCGCGAGAGCUAAUCGCUAAUAUGUUUUAUAUUCCACCGAAAAUAAUACUAUGGCGUUUCGCGAUUCUUGCCUCCUAACGAAACGUUCCUAUAAUAUCAUACACGUGUUCCACCCAAAUACAGGAUAAAUCAAUUUCUUUUCAAGCCUUACGGUACAGAGACCAACAGUUAUUGCUGGAAAUUGUUUGCUGCUAUAUUUUUUUUUUUCUUUUGUAGAUAGAAUUAAUUAGUGAUAUUGGUUAGGUUGAUAGUAUAGCGAUAAUAUUAAAAUAGUAACAAUAGUAAUUAUAACAAUAUUUGGAAAUAAAAUAAAAAUAAUUGUAAAUAUAUAUAUACCAUGAUAUUUUAUGAAAGUUCCUGUAAUUAUAUACCGUACCUCGAUCAUCGUCAAGCAGAUACUCCCAUGUAAUGAAUAUGUCGAUGAAUCGGAUCUGGAUCACAAAAAAAAAAAAAAAAAAAAAAAACACUCAAAAAAAACGUACAGAUCGAUUUAACGAUUGAUGUUUUUUCUCUUCUAAUUAUUAUUAUCCUUUACGCGAUUUGUACUUUCCUGAUUUGAGAGUUCUUAAUUUGAUCAACGAAUCCUGUAUACAUGUAACGUGUGAAAUUAAUGCCCAGAUUGAAAUAUAUCGAAGAUAAACACGAAGAAUAAAAUAAUAAUUAUACACAGCGUAGCCAAAUGAGCUGAUUCACGAUUCAUCGAUAUAUCAAAUGAGUUACUGCAAAUUAGAUUCAGUCGUUAGAAUUUCAUUGGACGUAUAAGAAAAAGAAAAAAAAAAAAAAAAAACUUGUACGAUUUAUUA